UUUUCAUGGGGAUUUCGUCUGGGCAUGACCAUAAACUGACACAGACACGUCAGGGAAAUAUAACUCUUACUUUUUAUUGUAAUAUUGUAAGCUUUACUGAAAGGUGUCCAAAGAUUUAAGAGAUGACAACUAAUUAAUUUGCCUGUAGCUAUGCAAAUUAGUCACAUAUCUGUUAAGCUGCAUGAUAUGUAAGGUGAUUACAAUUUAAUAGUAAAAGUAACAUUUUUGGACAAUUAGACAAGGGUCAUACAGCUGUUUGAUGCAUGUUUAGCGGCCGGGUGUAUGUUGUCAAGAUGUUAUAUGAAAUCCGGUAUCUAAUAGUGAGUCAUGUGUGUGAUGUGUGGACAUACCGUUCAAAAGACGCAUGAUGUCUGUGGGAAAUGUGUAUUUCUUAAGCAGAAUCACCUUAAACACUUGAUAAAACAAAGUGUGAGUGUGUGGAUCAGUAAUGACAGAAGAAAACCCCAGCCAGACUUAAAGCAACUCUGAGACAUGAGAUGUAUCAACGUGAGCUAGACUCUUUCCCUUUUCAUGAGCUGUUUCAUUCACGUUUCCACAUGCUCCAGCUGCGAUUUUUGAUUGAGCCUCCGUCUGAGCAAAUCGUCUGGACUUUCUCCGGCAGUCCGCCUCCUCCUUCCGCCCCCUGCUCCGUGACGUCGCUGCUGGUUUAUAAAGGCGCAGAGAGCUCGGCGCAGACACGCCAGAUGGAUACAGUUGGACGUGCCGGAUACUCCCGUACGCACCAGACCAACUGCUGAGAAAACACGCUAAAGGGAUAUUUAUUUCUAUAUUUACAGAUCGAUUAUAACUCCGCGGUGUCAGAUGGAAACCGGCUGUUUCACCGCAGCACAGCGUAUUUCGUGCCACAACAUGAAUGCGGAUUUAAUGAAGCCUGUUCCGGAGCGUGGACCCCAACAGUCCUCAGCCCCGGCGAAAAACGGCAGGAAUAAAGCCGACCAAAUCAAACCAGAGCUGGCCCAGGUGGUGACAGACUCAAAGACAGGAAGGUCCUACAGCAAAGGGAAACUUCUUGGAAAGGGCGGCUUUGCUCGAUGCUACGAGAUGACAGACCUCACUAACAACAAAAUGUAUGCUGUGAAGGUGAUUCCACAGAGCAGGGUGUCCAAACCGCACCAGAGGGACAAGAUUACAAAUGAGAUUGAGCUGCACAAAACCCUGUCACAAAAGCAUGUGGUGAAAUUCUCUCAUCAUUUUGAAGACCAAGAAAACAUCUACAUUUUCCUCGAGCUCUGCAGUCGGAAGUCCCUGGCACACAUUUGGAAGGCGAGACACACGCUCACAGAGCCAGAAGUGCGUUAUUACCUCCGACAAAUUAUAUCCGGCCUCAAGUACCUCCACAGCAGAGGAAUCCUGCACAGAGACCUCAAACUAGGCAACUUCUUUGUCAACGAGAACAUGGAGCUGCGGCUGGGAGAUUUUGGCCUUGCUGCCAAACUAGAAACAGUCGAGAAGAGAAAAAAAACAAUCUGUGGCACUCCCAACUACUUGGCUCCUGAGGUGCUCAACAGGCAGGGCCAUGGCACCGAGUCAGAUGUUUGGUCGCUCGGAUGUGUAAUGUACACCCUGAUGUGCGGAAAUCCUCCUUUUGAGACACUUGAUCUAAAGGAGACCUACAAGUGUAUAAAGGAAGUUCGAUACAACUUGCCAUCCUCACUUUCCCCUGCUGCACAGAAACUCAUCUCAGGCAUCCUGCAGAAAAACCCCAGCGACAGACUCUCUCUAGAUCAAAUCCUCAACCACGAAUUCUUCACCAAAGGUUUCACUCCCGAUAAGCUUCCUCCCAGCAGCUGUGUGAUGGUGCCAGAGCUCCAUCCCCCCAGCCCUGCCAAGAAAUUCUUUACUAAAAUGGCCAAGAGCCUAUUUGGGAAGAAGAAAGCGAAAGUGGAGAAAAUUCCAUGUGAGGAUAAAGAUGACAAAGACAUUUCCAAGCUGGUAUCGGGCAUCGUAAAAUGUUCCAUCAACCGGCAGAUCAGCUACAAGACAGUGGGACCCAAUGAGGCCCCCUCUCCCACUGGUCAGCUGGUCAGCUCUGUGCCUCUAGAACAGACCCCUGCUGAGGAGGAAUCCAGGAAGUCCAUCUCCCGCUCCUUUAAGGGCACCAUGGCCAGCAGUACUGAACCGUGUGAGGACGCCCUGACCCCUGCAGCUGUCGCUGAAUCAGCCAUGAAAGUUCUCAACAGCUGCCUGGCCACCAUGCCUGCAGCCACCAGAAACCCGCCCUGUUUGUCCAGGCCUCAGUCCUUCCUGUGGGUCACUAAAUGGGUGGACUACUCAAACAAAUAUGGUUUUGGCUAUCAGCUCUCGAACCAAAGCAUCGGUGUACUCUUCAAUGAAGGGACUCAUCUCAGUCUUUGUAACCAACGCAAGACAGUCCACUACUGCUUGACCAACAACAAACACUUCACUUUCUCUGCCAACUCUCUGCCGGAGCAGCUUCGCAGCCAAAAACAAAUAGUUGAUCUCAUGGCGAACUACAUGGAACAAAACCUUAUGGAGGGUGGAGAUCUGCAAUGUGAGGAGCAAGUGCCAGCUUCUCCUCCUCUGCUACUUCAGUGGGUGAAGACCGACCACGCUCUUGUCAUGCUCUUCAACAAUGGCACUCUACAGGUCAACUUUUAUACAGACCACACCAAGAUCAUCCUGUGCAAGUCAUCCGAUGACUCCUACCUGCUCACCUUCAUCAGCCGAGAGCGUGUCUCGUGCACUUACCUCCUUAGCAUGCUGACUGAGAUGGGCUGCACCUCGGAGCUGAGACACCGACUGCGAUAUGUGGUUCAGCUGCUCCAACACCAUGCCGAUGCCUGAGAGCACCGCUCAGUGCCUCCCAGGCUGCCUGAGUGGCAGAUGCCUUAAAGGCAACUUGACUGGUUAACACCUCCUCUUAGGCGGCCUGACUGUUUGAUAAAAUUCCUAAAGGCAGUGCCGGAAGGAGCCAACAGAUGGACGGAUGCUCAGAGGAGUUGAGCAAAUAUUCAUUGGUGGACUGGUGCUCGGGCAGCUGUUUAACACAUGGAUUGACCUUGAUAAACAUCAAGCAGUCAGGAAGUUGCCCUCAUGCAGCAUCUGCCUCAAGGAUUAGUGCCUGUCCAGCUUAUGCCUCAAAGGUGUCCACCUGGAAGGUAUUGAUACCUAAAAUAAGAGACUCCUACUUGGCUUGAAAUGAUGGAUCCCUAACGGGCAGAUGCCUAAAUGAACACAACUCCCUUUCACCUUCCCUACACUCAAAACCACUUCUACUCAACUGGACCUUUUUUAAAAGCCACCGCCCAACCCUGCAACUCCCACCCCCAUUCCAGCCAAUAACCCAGGCAUGGUCCCCAAAAAGGUAUCUAAACACUAAAGUUGUCCUUUUUGCUUGCAACAAAACAAGGAUAAUCUUGUCGCUGAAAUGCUUUUAGGCAAAUUUUUCCAAAAGUAUUUUGGCAGCAAGGUCACUUACGGCGUUGACUUGCACUGGAACUGUGGUUGUACAGUGGAGAAGCUUUGGGAAGAGCUGUGGUUUGGUUGGAGAAAGAAAAAGACCUCCUACCCUCAGUUGGUUUCUGGCCUCUUUGGACUAUGGUGCACACUUUUUUUUUUUUUUUUUGUCCUUUUCAUUUUGAUAAAAGAGAAAUAUUGAGCCAGCUAUAGGAUCACACUAAGAUCUUGACCUCACAUGCACAAAUAACAUUCCUGGCCUUAUUUGAUGAUGGUGAUACGAAGGUAUGCUGCUUCUGCUCCAACAUCACUUUUGUCUUUUGUUGGUUAUCAGAAACACAUUUUCACUGAUGUGGUACACCGCAUGAUAAGGGGGCUAUGGGAGCAACACAAAAUUGCACUCUUUUGUUUUUGUAACUUCAUCAGGAAAGUGAAACUUUUAGGACCACUUGUUUUAUUUUGUUUUUAACUAGAAACCCUAAGGCAUUUUCUUUGUUGGUUUUUAAAUUGAUUCCGUUUUAAAUUCACAUGUAGAAGGUGAGUGUGUGUGUGUGUGUGCCACACGUGUGCUGGUAAACAAACUGUUGGUUGGAAAAUGAGGAUGGGGAGGGGGGGGAUAAAAGUGCCUUUCUGAGGGAUGUCUGUAUAGUGCAAUAACAACCCUUUGUGAAUGUCAAGCUGGAUACAAACAGAGGUGGGUUUUACAGACAGGAUUUACUUUUGUACUUUGAGCCAAGUUUGAAAGUAAGUCCAAUAGCACUACACUCUCACUACCUGGUAUAAGCUUUUAGAAUAACUGGUAUCCUAAAUAUAUAUCCCAGUAAUAUCUAUAAAAGAAAAAAGAAAACAUUGUACGCUGUUGUACUGUACUGUAAUCCUUAUCGGUUUACAUUGCUUUCUCGACCCAGAGUUGUAUCCUAAAAACUGUGACCUGGAAUGCAAGUAUUACGUACAUGUGUUUUUCAAAAAUC